CAUAUCACUCUCCUCUGCCGCCUCUGUAGCUCCCAACAACGCUACGCUCAACCAGGAGCACUGAAUAUGAUAAUGGAUGCUCAAAUGCCAGAUGCAUUAUCCCCUCCCCAAGUUAAAGCAACAUUUCGCCUUGGAUCAGAAACGUACGCUGUUGAGGUAUGUAAAGGGAUUAUGUCUGAACAAUUGAUCUCUAUGAAAGAGCAAAGCAUGAUUAUACUGAAGGACUACAUCACGAAGCAUAAUGUUCCAAAUGAGGUCCCUGAUGAACCAGAGGAAUUUUCUUCAGAAGAUGAUGGUGAAAUUCCCGAGCAGCUCCCUGUAAACUCCAAGAAGCGCAAUUGAAAAAGAUGUGGAAUUAAUUUCCAGUUGCCAUAACUUGAGAUCAAGGGAACUCUUUUAGUAGUUUACAAGAGUGAGAUGUGAAUGCUUGGUGAAAGUUUCCAUAUCUCUUUAAUUGGACAGUAUUUCUCUAGAAUGGAGUCUAACAAAGGCCCUUUUGUCUGUUCGAACUUGUUUUAUUUUGAGGAAUGUAUUCGUACUUCAUAUUUUGUUUUCAUGAUUGAUCAAAAGUGAGUACAAUCUUAUGGUUGUGGAUGAUUUCUCCA